AUGAAUUAUUUCACUAUCAAGCAGAAUUACUACGCUGGUGAUUUUACCCAAUCAUUGCAAGAGAUCAGCAAGUUUAACAAAGUUAGUGAUGACACGUUAGUGUUCUACAAAUCUCAAUCUCAGAUUGAAUUGGGUCAGUUCGAGCCUCAGAGUACAUCAACACCAUUGGAACAAGCAUUUGCAGCAUAUUACGAGUUUUUGCAGACUAGAGAUUUGAAUAAAUUGUCAAACCAAAUCUCAAAGGAAACCGGUUCCCCAUUCGAGUUGUAUGUAUUGGCAUCUGGUGAAGCCAUCUUGGGUCAAUUCGAGGAAUCUUUGAUGACAUGUGUUCAGGGUAUUGAUAACGAUGAACAAGUUGGGACAUCUGAACUAUUACUACUUGCUGUGCAAGUAGCAUUAUUAAACGGCCAAACAUCGACAGCUCAAACCAUGUUGCAAAAUUAUAACGCUGCAAAUGAAGAUAGCAUUUCCAGCGAAGAUGAAAUUGUCAUCUCCCUAGCGGAAUCCUACGUUAAAUUUGCAACGAAUCAAGAAACUGCCAGAUCUAACUUUUACUACUUUGAAGAAUUGUCCCAAACUUUUCCCACUUGGAAGACUCAAUUGGGUCUACUGAACGUACAUUUGCAACUUGGGAAUCUACCAGAAGCCCAAUCCAUCUUAGAAACAUUGGAAUCUGAAUACUACAGUGUAGAACAAAAACAGGUGGCUCAACAGUACAAACAACACCUUUUGGCUAGUAAAAUUUCAUUAUUUAUCGCUCAAGGUAAUGAAGAUGUGGAUCAACUAAGGCAACAGUUGGUGCAAGAAGCACCUGAGAAUUCUUAUGUUAAACAACACAAGGAAGCCACGGCAAAAUUCGAUGAAGUGGUAGCCAAAUACAGCUCAUAG